GGGGUCGGGGAAGAUGGCGGCCGCCAGCCUCCCGUCCUGGCGGCGGGUUUCCUCCUUCACGGGGCCGGUGCCCCGCGCCCGCCACGGACAUCGGGCCGUCGCCAUCCGCGAGCUGAUGAUCAUCUUCGGGGGCGGCAACGAGGGCAUCGCGGACGAGCUGCACGUCUACAACACCGUUACGAAUCAGUGGUUCCUGCCGGCCGUCAGAGGAGAUAUACCCCCAGGCUGUGCUGCCCACGGGUUUGUCUGCGACGGCACCAGGAUCUUAGUGUUUGGGGGAAUGGUGGAAUAUGGAAGAUACAGCAAUGACCUCUAUGAACUUCAGGCAAGCCGUUGGCUGUGGAAAAAAGUGAAACCCCAACCUCCGUCUUCUGGUUCACCCCCUUGUCCUCGACUUGGCCACAGCUUUUCGUUAUAUGGUAACAAGUGUUAUUUAUUUGGUGGCCUGGCAAAUGAAAGUGAAGAUUCAAACAAUAAUGUUCCCAGAUAUUUAAAUGAUUUCUAUGAAUUGGAACUCCAGCAUGGUUCUGGAGUUGUGGGUUGGAGCAUUCCAGUGACAAAAGGGAUUUUGCCUUCUCCACGAGAAUCGCAUACAGCCAUUGUCUAUUGCAGAAAAGAUUCAGGGAAUCCCAAACUCUAUGUUUUUGGAGGAAUGUGUGGCUGUCGACUCGAUGACCUUUGGCAACUUGAUAUAGAAACCAUGACAUGGUCACAACCUGAAACUAAGGGAACAGUGCCCCUUCCACGAAGCCUUCAUACAGCCAAUGUUAUAGGAAACAAAAUGUAUAUUUUUGGAGGAUGGGUCCCCCAAGCAGUGGAUAAUGUAGAAUGUUCUGCUCAUGACUGUGAAUGGAGGUGCACCAGUUCAUUUUCUUACCUAAACCUGGAUACAGCAGAAUGGACUGUUCUAAUAUCAGAUUCUCAGGAAGACAAAAAGAACUUGUUACCAAGACCAAGAGCUGGACACUGUGCCGUGGCAGUCGGUACCCGUUUAUACUUCUGGAGUGGAAGAGAUGGGUAUAAAAAAGCAUUGAAUGGUCAAGUUUGCUGCAAAGAUCUUUGGUAUCUUGAUACGGAGAAACCUCUGGCCCCUUCUCAGGUCCAGCUGAUCAGAGCUACCACCAACUCUUUUCAAGUUAAAUGGGAUGAAGUUCCUAGUGUUGAAGGGUAUCUUCUGCAGUUGAAUUCAGAUUUGCCGUCUCAAGCAGAGGAUGCGGAAUCAGAAACAUUGAAUUUGCAAGAAGUCAAGCUAGAUCUUCAGAGGCAAGCCAAGAAUAACACAGUUCCCAACAAUACACAAAUAUAUCGUUCAUCUAAUGAGUUACUAAAACUAGAAGAUCCGGUGAAUAUUCUGGAGUCUGAACAUCUAGUCAUGAAAGAAAUUGCAAAGAAAGUCCAGGCAGACCGUAAAGGAAUCGUUGAGUCUAAUGCCACUGUGCAUUCGUCUUUUGCUCUGACAACUAAUGCUGCUAAUAACGAUGGCUUUGCAGUGGAGAUGCUAAAGAGAAAUGAAGGUCCUCAAACUUCAGCAAAUGUAGGUGAGCUAUUUUACUUGGACUUACGAGCUAUAAACCCUGAAACUUCUGCAUCCACUUUAGUCUCCAGAACACAGACUAUGGUAACCCAACAGGCCAUUAAAACUGAGCCAAGUAUAAAUGGGGCAAUUGCAAAUGAUGAAACUUCACUCAAUGCAAAGGCUGAAGUUGACGAAACUACAUUUGUACCACCUAUGCCUAAGAUCAGCGGAGCUGAAACAAAUGACUGUACCAUUCCAUUAUCUAAAAAAGUCCCUCUGAAAUCAGUGACCCCUGGAAAAGCAGGAGAUCGACGGUGGUGUGAUGUGGGAAUAUUUAAAAACAACACUGCUUUGGUGAGCCAGUUUUAUUUGCUGCCAUCAGGGACAUCCAGCAUCUCUAAUAAGGUGGGAAAUCCAAAUGUUCCAGACUACAGUCUACUUAAGAAACAAGAUCUGAUUCCAGGCACAGUGUAUAGGUUCAGAGUUGCCGCAAUCAAUGGCUGUGGAAUAGGCCCUUUCAGUAAAAUCAGUGAAUUUAAAACAUGUAUUCCUGGUUUUCCUGGAGCACCUUCAGCUGUCAAAAUCUCUAAGAAUGUUGAUUGUAUUCAUCUUUCAUGGGAACCUCCAGUCUCACCUUCUGGCAAUAUUUUGGAAUAUUCAGCAUAUUUAGCUAUUCGAACCGCACAGCUACAGGAGAAUCCAAGUCAGCUGGUGUUUAUGAGGAUUUACUGCGGUCUUAAAACAUCAUGUGUAGUAACUGCUGGGCAACUUUCCAAUGCACAUGUUGACCAUACGUCCAGACCUGCCAUUGUGUUCAGGAUAUCAGCAAAAAAUGAAAAAGGAUAUGGGCCAGCUACCCAAGUUCGAUGGCUUCAAGAUCCCAAUAAAAGUAGGAAAGAAGCAAAGAACUCUGAAACUCAAUAUAUUGGUCCAUCCCAAAGAAAGGAAGGUGUCAAGUUCAAAAUAGAAGCACCUUAACAGGACGCAGACUUUGAAGUAGUAUUUUAACAUUUGUAAGAUUUUGUAAAUGUUCCAAAUGUUUUAUUUUUGCAUUGUUUUUAUCUUGAAAAUUGUACAAACUUUUUUUACAUCCUAAUCGUAAGCAUUAGACAUCCUUACUCAGGUUUACAUAGAACUAAGUAACAUCGCUAAAUAUGUAGACAGAUAUUACAGAAUCUUAGCUGCAAAUAGGUUUUUUAAAAAUCUGUAACACUUUUGAAAGCUUCAUGAUACCACUGUCAUCUUCAAAUCUGGAUUUGGUGUGUAGAGCAAUAAAUGCAGUAUAAAGUACUUAAAGCUGCAAUGCACAAAACAAUAUUUGCCACUUUUAUACCACUUAACUGUGUGCCAGUUCUGGUUGACCAAGUAAGGAAUAAUAUUAUGUCCGAAAAUCCAUGCACAGAUACCCCAUGGGAAAGAUCAAUUUAGUUGUGCAGAAUUGAUGUGUGUGUUACCCGUUACUAAUUUAAAAUGUAUAGAAUAUUUUAAUAUAUAAUGUUUGUAAAGAAAUGCGAUUUUUCUACCAUAUUUGUGAUGAAUGUGUCUCCCCUGAAGAAAAUAUGCAAAAAGUUAAAGACACUUAAAACAGGAGAUUCUGAACUCUAAUGGUAAAAGAAGUGCACUACUUGGGCUGUAGAUGACUUUCUGGUAGGCAGAGGAAUCUCUAAAUCCAUACUUUCAAAGAAAAAAAAAUGUUUACAAGGAGCUUCUCUGGCGAUCUGAAAUCAAAAAGCCUGGGAAGAAAACUUCAGUGUACAUUUGUUUUAAUCCAUAUGCUUUGCUUCAGCAUAUGCUUGCUUUUUGCACUAGUAGAAAGUUAACUUACCUCAUCAUUAUGUUUAUAAUCAUUUGUAUUGCUUCCAUUAACAUGUCUGAAAUACUUAGGCUAAAGGUAAUACUUAACCAAAGUUUAAAUAAAUUGUAAGCAGUUUUGCACAUAUAAAUGCUAAUGUGUUUGUGUUUCAUGAGGGACAAAGGGUAAAGGCAAGUAUUUGUGCCAGGCAGAGUUGACCUAAUUAGUGGCUUCUGUGCUUUACUUUAGUAAUCUAUUGAUUAAUUGAUCCUCGCUUUCAUUGUUUUAUCCUGUUAGUCUUUGUGCUAAUCAGCCCUUCAGUUCAAAAAAGCCCUUCCAUCAGUGCAAGGGAGUGCUGGAGCCAGGCUCUUUUUGCACUUAUGGAUGUUUAUUUAUGAGAGCGGAGCAAAUGUAAUCUAUUGUCUGAUAUUUAUAAAAAUAAGGUUUUUUGAUAUUUUCCAAGAUCUAGAGUGAAAUGCCUCAGCUGUUCUUGGCUAAGAGGCGAACCCAGACGUAGGAUUCUAAGGGAAUGUUGUUUUCCAGAGACAAAGUUGUUCAUGUAGAGCAACAACUUGAUGUUUUCACCUUCUAAAUAUGCAAAGAACAGGUAAAGGAGGAAGUGUCCCAUGCUUUCAGAGAGUAUUUGGGAACAUGGAAUUCUUGAAUGGUUUCUUUCUAGAGUUUGUCCUUAAGCCACCUCACUGACCUUUAUUUUAGAGGGGGGGUUUGGAAAUAGGGUCUAGUAGCCUUUCUCGAUUAGAAUUGCCUGGACCAGAGUUAACGGGGGAGGCUCUGCGGCCAACCCAGCUCUAGCCCUUCUCUUUGUUGGGCCCAGCCUGACUUCCUAAAUGCAGGGUAGAUUGGGCUUUCUUUCCGACAUGCACACACAAAAACACACACACACGCACGAGCCAAUCCACACGUUCUUCCACAUGUACACACAGUGCUAUUGUGUACUUAACAGGGUCUCAGCCACUGGGCUUGCCGUGGCCCAAGAAGGCCCCAGCCCGAGGUGGGAGGGACCGCAGGUCACCCUCACCUGAGCCUGACCCACAGACCAGGCUUGAAUCCGGACAGGACUCUUCCAUGAAUGAUGCCACUCGGGGUCUUCUGUUGCCUUGCCAUUGUGAGUAAAUGACUUCGUAUUAGACCUGUGUCUAAAGUAGCAAAAGAAAAUGGAUACAUCAGUGUGAGUACAGAGAGGCUUCUGUAUUUGGCUUACGAUUGGCAUAUUUUCUAAAACGGUACAUCACCGCUCCCCAAAGGAGACCCCGAAAGAGGGACGGGAGUAGAAACCGUAAAAGUCAUACCGAUAUCUUCCAGAUAGGGCGUUCCCUAAGUGGCUUUAUAACUGCUCGGGUGGGAGGGAGAAAAGAAAGCAACCAUCAGAGUGAAGAGGUUUUAUUUCCUUCGCUUUGUAAACCUGAUGAUUUGCCUAAAUGGUUGAAAACAGAUUUUUGUUAGUGCCCUCAGAACGGUGUUCAGACGAAUGAACUUUCUAGAUCUGAUUUUAUUGCCUGUAACUCAAAAAUGUGUCCUAGAAAUUCCCAUUUUAGAACCCUGUUGAAAUUCUUUGUAAGUCCGGUAUCCUCAUUUUGGUCCAUACUUACUAUUUCAUGGAGUUAACGUAUAAUACUAUCACUUGCAGGAUGGAAGGUAAUAACUCUUUCUCAUUUAGAAGUGUUUCCUGCUAGUACCAAGGUCAUUUUUUAAUUCAUAAAAUAUUGCAGCACUUUUAAAGGUAAAAGCUGUUUGUGAAAUUGUUUAUGUAGGUAACAAAUAGAGAACCCUUUUUAAUAUUUCAUUGCAGCAUCUGAGCAUAGAUGCAUUUUGGUUUUGAGACAAUGGUUUAGGCAGUUAUUCCUAUGUAAUGUGGUACCGAUGAUAUGUAAAAUAAAACACAUUUUCUACCACUAAAAAA